AUGCUCUCGCUCGAAUUCGAACAGCAAAUCAUCUCUUCAACAUCGAGUUCUUCCCGCGAGUCGCCGAGCAAAGCCCAUCCGACGAAGCCAGAACCAGAAUAUCGACAAUCUCAUCCGGAGAUUCUCAUGUCUCCUGCUUCUUUCAUCGCCCGUACCGGGUUAAGCAGCGGUCUAAGUAGAUCGAAUUCAAUGAGAGGCGCGGGGAAUGCCUGGAACUUGAACAAACCGAGACCGCUGCAGGGAUCGUCCACGAGCUGUUAUUCCAUUUCGACGAAUGUCAGCCCGAUGCGAAACGGACAGGACGAGAUGUGGAAUUUCACUCCCUUCAAGCGCUCAGCUACCCUCAAUGGAAUUGUAAAGGGUCAGCGUUACUCCGAUCACAAGACUCGCAACCGCCCGGCUGGGCUUACUCCAGUACGGGGCGAGCAGCACGAACUGUGGUCCCAUCCGAUGGAAUGUCUGAAGCUCACAGUGCGCGAGCUGAGCCACAUUUGCCAGGUCUUUUCCCGCGCCGAGAUUGAAAAAUACCACUCGCAGACGAAUUUGUACAAGCAACUUACAAAGGACCAAAUUUGCCUCAACUGUAAAAUCCAAAAGUUCUCGUGGGUUCUGUGGGCGCACACGUGCGAAAUUUGCAAGUCAAAGGUCUGCAAAAAAUGCGUGCGGAAGGUUGCCUCGCCGACGGAUGAUAUUUUGGAAGCGGCGGCUUACACAUUGUACCCUGUAGACACGCCCGAAAACGCAUGGGACUCGACGAAACGAUUAGAGAGAUGUCGAAAACUGAACGUUUGCGAUUCGUGUGUGGAUAUGCUGUCGCACAUUGUCGAUAACGCUCGGCGCGCGUUGGAAGCUCGCAGCAAAUUCAACUGA